AUGGGUUCGUUGAUUAUGCUGAUUUCGUGGGCUACAAGGAUUGUUAAGGCUCCAAAGACUGAUCCUGAGUUUUGGAAGAGUUUGUCACUUGUGCCAAUCAUUGGUGGUUGUGCUCAUUCUGCUGCCACAGAGCUCAAUUUCAACAUGACUGGGUUUAUGGGGGCUAUGAUAUCGAAUUUGGCAUUUGUGUUCCGUAAUAUAUUCUCGAAGAGAGGAAUGAAGGGGAAGGCUGUAAGUGGGAUGAAUUACUACGCAUGUUUGUCUAUCAUGUCUCUAUUGAUCCUCACACCUUUUGCAAUUGCUGUGGAGGGCCUGAAAUGUGGGCAGCUAGCUGGCAGACUGCUCUCUCUCUCUCUUUUUCACUUUCCAACCCAUGUGCAUUUUGUUUUCUACUUUUUUUGA